AUGGCAGUGAGUGUCAUUUGUUUGGCUGGGACAACGGAAUCCUUCACAUCACGACCAUCAGCCUCCCCUUCUUCUGCUAGUAGGCUGUGGGAAACGGUGCCACGCUCGUUUAGAGUUCCUCAGGACAUUGCCACCAAAGUCUUGUCGGAAGAUCCAUUGGUAUACAUUAUACCCAAUCUGCUGAGCCCAGAAGAAUGUCAAUCCUACCAAGACCAUGUGUUGGCACUGCAAGAAACGGGAAGAACCAUGACACAAUCCAAUCCACCACAAGUUUCCUUGGAGGCGUCAAAACUAUGGCCGUUGCCGUUUCUGUCGCUGGGAGCAGGCAUUCCUCCCUUGAUUCGCUUGUGGCAAGAAUCAGAAUCAUCAGCACCGACACUGGACCAGGCUCUCGCUGUGAUGAUGCCUCCCAUUGUGAUUGCUCUGUGUGCCAGCGUGAUUUUGGCCUACGGAGUCAUCUUGCCGCUGAUUCAAAAACUAUCUGCCACUCGUUCCCGUACCAGUCAAGCCAUGGCGUUGAAUAAAGAUCUGCCAGACGAGGACAUGCAGUUUUGUCGCGAUUUGGUACAACGUGUUUCACACUAUACCGGCCAUCCGUGGCACGCUUGGGAGGCUCCCGUCGUGACACGGUACGAUCCCGGAGCUAUUUUUGCUCGUCACGGAGAUGCUUCGCCGACGUUGGGAACGGAAUGGUCGGACCAAGGAGGACAACGAGUAGUCACCUGUAUCUGUUACUUGAAUACACUCGUGGAAGGAGGAGGAGAAACAUCUUUUGAUCAAUUGGGCAUUGACGUACCGCCCCAACAGGGGGAUGCCUUGGUGUUUUUCCCCGCGGAUCCCAACACAUUGCGGGCCGAUCCGAGAACCACACACGAAUCUCUCCCGCCUCAACAGGAGAAAUGGAUUGUGCAAAUGUUUGGAAGAAUUGGUCCCAGAGUACCACCUCCCUUGGGAUUGCCAGAUUCCUUUGCUUCCUUGCUGUAA